AUGUCGUCCUACGGAGUGGCUAUUGGCUCAACCGUAGCUUUAGUAGCAGUUUUUGGAUGUCUGUUAGGGAUCUACUCGAUUGUCGAUGACAUUGAUACCCUCAGAACAGAAAUCUACAGCGGAGUCCAAGAUAUGAAGACCAUCAGUGAUGAUGCUUGGACUAGGAUUCUCGUAUUACACACUAAUCCAUCCAUGAAAAGUGAUGCUCCUCCUAGCUUUGCUUCUUUAUUCACACGCCAAAAAAGAUCUUCCGGAGGAUACUGUAAUUGUGCAUCUAAUUCGGAAGGAUGUCCACCAGGACCACCGGGACCUCCAGGACAACCAGGACCUCGCGGAGAUCAAGGUUUGGCCGGUUCUCCAGGAAAGCGAGGAGCUUCAGGAAUUUCCCUUGCUGUCACUCAUGAUAUCCCAGGAGGUUGUAUUCAAUGCCCAGCUGGAGCUCCAGGACUUCCAGGACCAGCCGGACCAGCUGGACCAAAAGGUUUUGAUGGUGCUCGUGGAAAAUGUGGAGAAGCCGGUGAUGAUGGCGAAGCAGGAGCUGUUGGUGUUCCAGGAGAAGAGGGCCAUAAGGGAUUACCAGGAAAUGAUGGAGCUCCAGGACAACAAGGUCAUGAUGGCCUCGUUGGAUCACCAGGAUCUCCAGGACCUCAAGGAGCACCAGGAUGGCCAGGAGCCCAAGGAGAGCCAGGAAAGAAUGGUGAUGCUGGACUUGAUGGCGAAGACGGUCCAGUUGGUCCAGCCGGAGCUCCAGGAUUCCCAGGAAAGAGCGGAGAAGAUGGACAGCCAGGAGUUCCCGGAAACGAUGGAGCCCAAGGAGAUGAUGCCAACUAUUGUCCUUGCCCAAACAGAUCCGACAAGGGAAAUAGAAAAUUGUAA